UAAAGAAUGAUAAUAUAAUGUCAUGAUUUAAUAAUACUGCAUAAUUAGCAAGCAAAGAAAACGUUAGUACAUCUUCUUUUGUAUCUUGCAUUUGCAAUUAUUAUGUCAUUCUCUGUUUUGCAAACAAUCCAGUCUAUCAGCUCAUGUCCAUUCUCCUACAUAAAGAUACCCCUUACCCAUACUUCCGAAGGAUAUGACCCUUUAAUACUCAAUCACCAAAUCAAAGAAAGAAAAGGCACGUUCAGCAUUGGCCAUGGAGGUUAAGAUAUUGUUAAUCUUUUUCAUAUCGUUCUCUUCAAUUUUAUCGGCCGCGCUCUCUGGGAAUACUCGGAGCGAUAUAACAUGGUGGUGUAACAAAACGCCUCAUCCUGAACCAUGCAAAUAUUUCAUGGACCACGGUUCCCACCGUUUUGCUCCCAAACGCAUAACUGAAUUUCGGCAGAUAAUGGUUCGACUGGCCUUGGAUCGAGCCAUCAUGGCCGGAAAGAAUGUCCUGGAGUUUGGACAGAGUUGUGAGAACUGGCAACAGAAGGCGGCAUGGAGAGAUUGUCUCAAGCUCUUCGAUAAUACCAUUCUUCAACUCAACCUUACUCUACGAGGCCUAGAGAGCAGGAGGAGGAUGAGCUGCAGUGAUUUCGAUGCACAAACUUGGCUUAGCACAGCCCUGACCAAUCUCCGAACAUGCGAAGCAGGGUUCACGGAUUUCAAUGUUUCUGAUUUUUUCACACCUGUGACAUCCAAUAACAUAUCCGAGCUGAUUAGUAAUAGCUUAGCUGUUAAUGGGGUUUUCUUGCAUAAGAGAAAUCUUACAGAAGUCUUUCCUGGUUGGCUUUCAAGGAACGAAAGGCGGCUUCUGCUAUCUUCAUCGACAAAAGUGAAGGCACAUCUUGUGGUGGCAAAGGAUGGUUCGGGAAAUUUUAGGACAGUUCAAGCUGCAAUAGAUGCUGCUGCAAAGAGAAAAAGGACUAGCAGGUUUAUUAUAUAUGUCAAAAGAGGUGUUUAUAGGGAGAAUAUUGAGGUUUCCAACACUAACUCUAACAUUAUGCUGGUUGGUGAUGGCAUGAAACGUACCAUAAUCACGAGCAGCAGGAGUGUUAAAACAGGUUACACAACCUACAGCUCCGCUACUGUUGGCAUUGAUGGCCCUGGCUUCAUUGCUCGGGACAUAACAUUCAGCAACGCAGCAGGUCCAACAAAAGGCCAAGCAGUUGCCCUCCGCUCAGCAUCGGAUCUCUCGGUGUUCUACAGAUGUGCCAUCCAGGGAUAUCAAGACACCCUUAUGGUACAUUCACAGCGGCAAUUCUACAGAGAAUGUUACAUCUAUGGCACAAUAGACAUCAUAUUUGGCAAUGCAGCAGUAGUCUUACAAAACUGCUCAAUUUUUGUUAGAAGACCCUUAAAGGGACAGGCAAACAUGAUCACUGCACAAGGCCGUGAUGACCCUUACCAGAACACUGGAAUUGCAAUCCAUAAUUCAAGAAUUUUAGCUGCAAAUGAUCUUAAGCCAGUGGUUCGUGCAUUUAGCACAUACUUAGGGAGGCCUUGGCAGAAGUAUUCUCGAACAGUUGUCCUCACAACUUAUCUCGACAGCUUAGUUAGUCCUGAAGGAUGGUCGAAAUGGGGCAAUUCCAACUUUGCUCUUGACACAUUGUAUUAUGGGGAGUACAAGAAUUAUGGACCAGCUUCUUCAACUAAAUGGAGGGUCAAAUGGCGCGGUUUUCAUGUAAUAACUAGCCCGAGUGUAGCAUCACUUUUCACUGUUAAUAGCCUUAUUGCUGGCAGGUCAUGGCUGCCGGCAACCGGUGUGCCAUUCACUUCUGGCCUCUAA